UAGGGAUCGGAGCGGGACUGAUGGGAUUCGGAGUCUUUUUCCUUCUGUUUGGUGUCCUCUUGUAUUUUGACAGAGUGCUCCUUGCAUUUGGAAAUAUCCUCUUUGUGUCCGGCCUUCCCUUCAUCACGGGGCUGCAGAACACGUUUCGAUUCUUCUUCCAGAGGCAGAAGAUGAAAGGCUCGAGCUUCUUCCUGGCUGGGAUUCUGCUGGUUCUGCUCAGGUGGCCUGUCAUUGGCGUGUUGUGCGAAAGCUACGGAUUUUUUCUACUUUUCAAGAGCACUCUCCCACUUGUAGCUGAAUUGCUUUCCAAGAUUCCAGUCCUGGGAUUAAUCUUUACAUUCCCUGGACUCAGCGUGGUGUUGAAGAAAUUUAGCGAGAGAGGCUCUUUGGUGUGAAGACAAACCAAGAAACUAUGAAACUUAAUAAGCAAUUGAAGAAGUAAUCUGAUUAAAACAUAUUCAGCUUUGGCCGAUACCACAUGAACCUAAUUUUUCCUGCCCAGUGUUGCAGGAAAGCUGUUUAUUCCAAUGGACCAAUAUCUUCUUGUUCACUCCUGUUCAUUCUGAGUCUGCUGACCUACUUGGUUCCCGAGUCCACUAACGCCCUAUCCGCUUCUUCAAAUCCUCCCAUAGCUUCACCUCUCCCUAUCUCUGUAACCUACUCCAGCCUUAUGACCUCUGAGAUCUCUGCCCUCCUCUAAUUUGGGCCCCCUGUACAUCGCCAACCUUCACCGCUCCAACACUGGUAUCUGUGCUUUCAGCCUAGUAGCCCAGAAGAUCUGGUAUUCCCUCCUUAAACCUCUUCACAAGCUCUGAAAUUCCCUCCCGAAACCUCUUCACCUCUCAACCUUUCUUUCCUCCUUUAAGGUGUUCCUUAAACCCUACCUCUUUGACUAAGCUUUUGGCCACCUCUCCCAAUAUCUCCUCAUGUGAACUCGGGUGAAGCGCCUUGAGAUGUUUUACCACAUUAGAGGCACUAUAUAAAUGCAAGUUGUUGCUCCCUUAAAGGAACAUUUAUUAUUGAUCUUUCUCCUCCUGUCU